AAUGAACCACCGUGUUGUGCGCGCGAGCUCGACCGAACAGGACGAAGGAUACGUGAUGGAUGAUAGCCAUGAGGCAGCGGAGGAGUCUGGUGGCAGUCCGAGCAAGGCGAGGAAGGCAGCUGUUCUGCGACAGAUGAUGGAGGAUAUCAACUCUCAGAAUUUCGACGUGAUCCGGUUUGCUAGCUACAGGACGGCAUGUAAGCUUCGGUUCAUCCAGAAGAAGACUGAAUGUGAGUGUUGCUUCACUUUAGAUGCCGCGAUAGCUGGCUGGCAGCCGCAGAGGAACGUAGCCGUGAUACGCAUCGCGUUUCUGGCGCGGGUCUGCAUUGAUGCUGCGCUAUACUGUUGUCGCGAUCAGAUGCCGGCAUUGGGAAUGAAUUCGGUUGAGAUGUAGAUUAAUUCGACUCGUUCGUUAAGGAUACUCUCAAGGUUUUAGGGAAAAUUGUACCGAUUUUUCAUUUUCAACUUUAUUCGAUGGCUAACACU